AUGUCUGUUGUAAUUUAUCUGCAGACGGACGAUGGCACGAUGAUCCCAGUGCCGAAAGAGGCCGCCACUCUCUCUGCUGUUGUGCGUCAUGCUGUUGAUGUCUGGGUGGAACGUUAUGGCACUCCACAACAGACAGCCGAUGAUGAUGAUUUUUAUGAAGAUGAUCAGGAUGAUGAGAACAGCAGUUGUAGAAGAAGUAGAUGUCAUCUUGGACGUAGUCCCGGUCGUACUACUGGAUACAAUGAUGAAGAUGAGGAUGAGGAUAAUAAAAAGAAAAAGAAGAAUCACACGAGGAAAAAAAAGAAGAAGAAGAGGCAUAUAAACAGCGAUCGUAGUAGUAGAAGUAGUAGUACUAGUAAUAGUAGUAAUAGUACCACCAGCAGCAGCAGCAGCACCGCUACUACUAUCAGCAGCAGUGGUAGCACUAGAAUAGUAAUAAGAGGCGAUAAUGAUAUCACUCUUGCGGCUGUAGCUGCGGCAUAUCACUCGGAUGAUACGGACCGUACGGCGAGUCUUAUCGAUGAUGAUGAGGAUGAUGAUGGCGACAGCAGUCGAACACCCUCUUCGUGUACAACGCCAGAGUCCACACCGCCGCAGAUGCGGGGAUAUGGAAAGACACAGAAACAGAGAGGACGAUCCAGACCGGGAAGUGCGAAUGCCUCCACCUCCACCACCUCCACAGGCACGAAUAACAAUAUUGUUAAUAGUAAUGGUAAUAGUUACAACCAUUCUGUGAGUGUAGAUCAGGGCGAGAAUGGCAGGUCCACCCCAGAGCGACUGAUAGCACCAGGGAAUGACGAUGGGGAUGUACUCGGCAAUGCGGAGGAUAGUGCCACCCCAAGUACACUGGAUGAAGAAGAGGAAGAGGAAGAGGAAAAGGAUUUUGUGGCGCGUGAGAAAUUAUCUUUUACACAGAAACAACUAAUGAAUUCCACAGAAACUCCACCUCAGCCAGAUUUAUGUGCACCUACCGCACAGGCAUAUCCAGAGAAACAGUCCUCACCAAAAACAACAGCCAACACCACCACUACGACUACUACGAUUACAUCAUCAUCAGUAGCUGCAACGGCAACAACCAUAACAAUAACAACGAAAGGGACUGUAAAAGAAAAGGAGGAAAAGGAAAACACAAGUCAUCAUAAAGUUGGAGUAGAUGCGGAGUCCAAUCGAAACGGUGAGGCUACAUCUGUAGUGCGUUGUCGUGAAUCUACCACUAUAUAUCUUGAUUCCCCUGAACCAGGUGAUGAUGAUGAUGAUGAUGAUGGUCUUACAUGGCCUGUUCGUAUUCCUGUUGAUCCCGAUACGGCUGCGAUUGCCGCUGCUGCGUUAAUUACACCGACCAGUCUUACAAAUGAAGAACAUGUCUCUCCAAGUAGUUAUCACCAACGUACUCCUUGUAUGAUUGGUGAUGAUGAUGAAGGACUUCUUCUUGGUGGGAAUACCAUCUCCUCCUGUAGUGAUGAAACCACACCGCAUGUGAAACUUAUAGACAAAAUGUCCCCCAGCAGUGUUGGUGCCGCUGUGGAGAUAACAGCAAAUGCAUCUCGACCACUGAGUAAUAGAUGUUCAGAAAUUAGUCCUAACGCUGGGCGACAACGAACAAAUGCACGCGGUGGGAAUUUAGAACACGAUGGUCCUGGUUCUGGUGUUAGAGGAGGAAGUAGUAUGAGUAGUGGUAGUGUUGGAUUAGGUCCUCGUCAUCCUUCUGAGGAAGUUAUAAGUUCACCACAGCAGUAUGCACAUAUUAACGGUAGAGAAAUUGUGAUUGUUUUGCAAAACUGUUUACCAUCACCUAGCACCGAUGGAGAGAAGGCACAUUGUACGACAUCAUCAUCCACACAAGCUGUGGGUCCAAGCAACACGAAUCUCACAACUCAACGAUCUCUCUCACCGCAUGGACUAACCAUACAGCAAAAUAGUAACAGCACCAGUCAAGUAUGUGUAGAUAUAUUCUCAACAACAGCAGGUGAUACAGUUUCAACCAACACAAAAACAAUAGCAGGAACAGCAGUCAGUGGUAUAGUGGUGGGAGAUGAGAAUUCCACAUUAACUUCAGUAACAACACCACCGGCUCCUCCUCUUCCUACCUCACAGGCGGCACGAAUAUGUGUAGAAUAUAUGUGCCAUUUUGUCACGGAUGGAGGGCAAAAAGAACGGCUACAACCGUCCACUAUUCCCGAACCUCUUGAUGUACCUCUCGUUAGUUUAUUAUCCGUAUGGGAACGUGAGUUUCUCUAUCGUGAUAUUCUCGGUCAAGCAGAUGCAGAAGAAGUACUCGCUAUGGAAAGUAAACCUUAUAACUCUAAAAUGAGUUACACGUACCCAGAGUCUUUUCUGCAUGAUCCUCAUCUCUGUAAUGUUUUGAGAGUUAUCCCUCCAGAUGGUAGUCGGGUGGCACUGCUGAUGGAUGUUAGACGAGCAGCAGAGCGGCUGCAGGUGUCAUCACUAUAUAAUUUGUGUACGGCGUGGUGUGCGGAUUUUAUGCUGCGAGCGAUUUACACUUCAGAAGAUCACUUUGAAGCGGCUGAACUCAUUCGUCGCUGUUUUAAUGAGCGAAAUGAAUGGACGAGGCGAGAAAUGGAUUGUCUGAAGCUUGAGAACGAGUGGCCUGUUAACGAAGAAUGUUAG